CUCAGCUCACAGGCUGCUGCUGGGCUGCAUUGUCCUGGAAAAGGGGGAAACAGAUGGCAAUUUAAUAGGAACCUGAUAGCAUUGUUUUGGGCUGGACAAGGGGUAGUCUCUGGGAAACUAGGAGAGAGGCUUUCAGCUACGGGGCACAACCACUUGGAGAAGGGCCUUCCUGUGGCCAUUGCCUCCCUCCCACCUCUGCCCUAGGGGGAGGUGAGAGGGGGUGGGAGUGCAUAGGCCUCUACUGUUUGCCUGCUGUGUGUGUGUCUCUGUGUGUGUGUGCUUGUGUGUGUGAGUGUGCACAUGUGUGUGAGUACAUGUGUGCAUACAUGCCCAUCUGUGUGUGUGUGUGUGUGUGUGUGUGUGUGUGUGUGUGUUGGGAGAAGGGCCAGGAUGAUGAAAGCCAAGUACAGGAAUGGCACUGGGGCAGGAAUGCCUAUGGUGGGGGAAGCACAUGUUAACCAGUAAUGCCCGUUCCUCUCUCCUUCCUCUUCCCUUGUUAGGUGCCGGCUGUGUGUUGCGAACUUGAAUGGCCCUUGUCUGAAUAGACACAGAAAUGACAACCUCGAGAGGAAAAAAGUAUGUUUUCGCACUGGAUAAAAGAUUAAAACAACACGAAGAAGCAAACCCGUUCCUAUAUAUGGGCUUCAAUACUUGCCUUGUGCAAAAUGUUGUGAGUUAAUAUCUUUCUCUCAGGGGUAUGUUUUUUCUCCUUGAAUCUUUAGAGUUAUUUCCAGAAUUGCAAAGGAUAUUUCAAAAAACCAUGUCUGAAUUCUAAAGGGCCUGUGUACAGACAGUUCUGUGAGUGGAAGGAUACAGAAAAGGGGAGGGUGUCCUACUGAGAGAUGAGGAAGUUAUUGCCUGCAAAUGCUACUGUGUAAUAUGAAUGAAGAGUUGUUAUUUUUUUUUUAAAGAUUGAGAGCUAUAGUAUCUUAAAAAAAAAACUAAUGAUUUUUGGGAAGUGGCAGCAAAACGAAUUUAAUUACCGUGAUAAUUAAAAAACAAUUUAUUUGUUAUCAACUCUAUUUUUCCAAUGCAAAAAGUAUAGGAUUUAUGAACCUCGAAUGAUUGGAAGUGUAGGUUUGAUUUAGAAAAGGAAUCUGAAUAGAAAUGAUUCCUUUCCAUAGGUAACAAUAUUUGACCUCAAAUUUGGUUAUUAAGCUAAUAAAGGAGUCCACCUACGUAAAGCAAAAGUCAAGGUAAGUUAUAUUGAAAGUCACCAAAGUGCUUUCUAAAUUAUAAAAGAUUGUCACAAUGUGUUCCAUUUACAAGCAUUCAUAAGUAACUUAUUUUAGGAAUUCUGUUUAGAAAAAUGUGCUUGUCUACACCUUUUCAGAAGCACAGCUAUCGGAAUAGCAAAUGAAUUUCAAACGGAUCCUCAGAACACAUUAGGGUGGGUGUUAUGUUUAGAGCUUGAAUAUUCUUAAUGAAGUUUAUUCAUUUUAUGAUUCAACAGCACUACGAGUCUCUAGGAUAAAUACGUGUCCUCAACGAGAAUUUGCUUUGGCGUCCUUUCCCUAUCCUUAGGAAGAAAAUCCAGGCCCGGACUUCCAGGUCCCUGAGGGGCACCUCAUCUUUACUUCUCUGGGGCACCUCUCAGUCCCUAGGUGCAAAUCUUUGCUCAGCCCCUCUUUAGCUGUGAGACCUCAGGCAAGUUACUUAGCUUCUCUGUUACUUAGUCCUAGGUCAUUCAUUAGUCAUCUGGGGAUAAACAGUCUUUUCUUCAUAGGUUUGUUGCAGGAUUAAAUCCAUUUAUGUCAAGUUUAAGCACGGUUGCUGACUGGUGUCUAAUAGCUCCUCAGUAGGUCUGAGCAAUGAUACUAUCAAUAAUGGGCAGCUCUCACUCUUCCUGAAGAAUCAGCAUGAAUAACAAGGGAUUGUUUUUUUUUUUGCAACACCUUUUUAUUUUUUUAUUUUUUGCAACAUUUCAGUACAUACACAGAAUUUGCAUCAGAGCAAAUCAUUUUCAGUGAACACUCAGUAUUAUGUAGGUACAAUAUCUUCUCUUCAAUGCCCUAGCAUCAGUUGUCUGAUGACAAAAUAAAAAGACAAAGGGAGAAAAAAAAUCCUGGCAAGGGGACAAGUUUCGAGUAUUGUUUGAAAGCAUGCAUUGUAUUCAGGUGGCCUGGCAGCCUACUGUAAACACGGAGAGAUGUAAGGAGGAAAUUAGAACCCAUUCUGGGCCCAUAAAAUGGAUGUCUUUUCAACUAAACAGAUUGCUAUCAGCCAACAGAGCCGACUCCUGUUCCUUUUGCCUGGUCAUUUCCUUUGCUGAGUGUCCGUAAGAACCACCCACUUGGGUGUUUCUCAGGAUUGUAGGUUUUUAGGUCAAAGGGAAACCCAGGGCAGUGCCUGGACAAGCCCAAGGCUCAGUUACAUUAUGCACGAGCUGGAUGACAUUGACCCCGAGGCUGUCGCGCCCCAGUUUGCGUGGAUGGUCUGGCUGUGCGGCCGCUGGCAACCAGGAGCCCAGGCAGUGCGGAAUGGACGGGACACCGGAGCCUCUGGCCAUGACCGUCCACCUCCUCGCCCACUCUGGCCAUGGCUUGCUUCUGCAGCAAACUCUGGAUCAGCUCCUGGACUGCAUUUGCCCAGACGUCCGUCCCUUUCUGGUGUCAGAGCGGGUCAGUCCAGUGAAAUGCUAUGACAAGUGCCACUCCAAGCGCUCCCGGUUCCCGGGGAUGUCUGUCUUGCUCUUCCUGCACGAGAGCCUGGGAGAGGAGCGGCUAUUUCGCGUUCUUGACUCCCUCCAGCACUGGCCGUGGCAGUGCUACCCCGCCCCGAAUGCUCAGGGGAGGCCGUGUCCCUACGUUCUUGCCAACCAGGAGCUCUACAGUCUGGACAGCCAGAUGCCGGUCUGGGGUGUGCGGCAGGUGUGCUGCGGCAUCCAGAUCCUGAGGGUGACGGUCUACUGCAGCUUUGAUAACUACGAGGAUGCCAUCAGACUCUAUGAGUUGAUCCUGCAGAAGGAAGCCACCGCGCGGAAGAGCAACUUCUGUUUCUUCGUGCUCCAUGCCACCGAGCGCUUCGCUCUGCAGUUCUCCCUGGAGCAGCUGCCCCUCGGAAUGUCAGUGGAGCCCAAGGAGUCUUCAGUGCUGCAGUUCAAGGUUCAAGAGAUCGGCCAGCUGGUGCCUCUGCUACCCCACCCGUGCGUCCCCAUCAGCCGCACCAGGUGGCAAACACAGGACUACGAUGGCAACAAGAUCCUGCUUCAGGUCCAAUUGAAUCCAGGACUUGGUGUCAGGAAUGGCGAGCUUUCCUUUCUGAAUGGCACCUCGGGAGCUGACACACUUCCCCAGGGCUCCCGGCUGGUCCCUGUCUCCACAAGGAGGACCCUGGAGCCAAGAUGCCGAAGGAGCCGGUCCAGAAGGCUCAAGGUGGGUUCUCUGGAUUUCCCGGAGCCUGCUGAGAGCCCUGUGUCAGACAACUUUAGUGGCAAAUCGUGGAAAAGCCCUGGCUGCUCGUCCCAGGACUGGAGCUCCACCAUGGGCAUCCGGAUGCAUCCGCCUUCUCCCCACCUCCAACCUGGGGCCAGAGAAAAGGUCCUCAGCCCGCAAGAUAGCUUUGAGAAGCUGGAGGCAGAAACAAAUGUUGACACGGGGUGCACUGUGGUCAAUUCUGAACCCCGACAAUCUUUUCUGAGCAGAUUUUCAAGGGAUCUCCGGACCAGCCAGCCACCACCCCGCUUACUAGACCCCUCCUUAGGGGUAACUGCCUCCAAGAACAAUAGAAUCUUUAAGGCAAGGACCCAUUCUUCAUCACUUGCUGGCCAAAGGGAUCUUGGUGCAAGGAAGAUAAUCUCAAAAUGUCCCCUUCACCUGCUGGUCCAGGGUGAAGAAAAAGAAGAAGAAUUCUUUAUAUAGCAUAAAACAAAUGUGGUUUUCUAAAACACAAGAUCAGUUACAGUGUUCUAGAAAUGGAGCAGUGACCUAAAAUCAGACGUUUUCUUGGUCAUGUGAUGAGUCCUGAAUGUUAGCCACACACAGUUCUGUAUUGCUUUUAUUUCAAAUGUGCAUAGUCUAACGGUGCUGUGAAGCGUUGUUUAUUUGCCGUCAUGGUCAUGAGGGAAUGCAGCCAACACACAGGGAGAAAGCCCAAGGCCCUCUGUCCCUAGAGACACACUAACCCAGCUGGGUGCGUUGAGUUCAGCACCUAUCAGGAAUAAUUGCAGCUUAUGCAAAUGAAUCGGACGUGUUAUGCAAUGCUGAUGAGUGGAUGUAAUUUCGUUUUAAUUUUUACUUGGGUUGCAUAGCUCAUCCCCCUGGACAACAUGGACUAUUUAUUCUUUAGUGUUUUUUAAUUUUUAUGUGACCUCCUUUGGUAACGAGGCCCUGUACACCACAUAGCCUCUAGCGAUUUUGCCUUUAAAGUUGUUUGCAUCUAGAAUGAGUUCACACGCAAGUGUUUUGAAAAUUACAAACAAUUAAUUUUUUUUCCUGUUUAAUGAGCAGAAACACUGCAAGUCAAGAGAUCAGGUGGAAAAUGAAAGCAAGGCUUUAGGAUUUCCCUGCUCUUCCAUUUCUCAUUUGUUUCUGCACAACCCUACAGGGGCCAGUGGUUCCCGUUUCUAACCAGAGAGGAAUGUGAUAUGAGUGGAUGAUUCCAGAUCUUUACUCGACGUAGCAGGACGAGUAAAUGGGUUGUUGGAGCAGGACUUGGGUUCUUCUGGCCAUGUUCAAACUCCUAAAUUUCUUUGCAGUACGCAUUCAUCCAUUUAUACAUUCAUUCAUUCACCAAAUAUCUAUUGAGCACCUACCUUUGAGUAAGACAUGGAUGUAUGGUCCACAUAUGUUCUGUGGCCAUCAAACCCAAAAGGUAUUUAGGGUCUCACCAGUAGAAAUCCAUUCUAUCAAUACUUGAGAAUAUAUUGAAGUCCUAAUUCUUCUGGGACCCUUUUCCACAGUUGGCUUUCACACUUGCUGCUCGAGGCUGUAGUAAGCAGGUGGAGACGGCAUAUUAUGAAUUGUAAUUAUAACCAAGAUGGACAAAUUCUCAUUGCUCAUGUGCUAUAUUUUUUUUUUUUGUUGGAUCUAUACACACAUUUUUUAAAAAUCUGAGGUCUGUGUGUUGUGGUUAAUUUAUAAAGUUAUUUGACCCCAUGGACUUUAUUCUCCAGGACAGAUAUUAUGUAAGAUUAUAAAUGCUGAUUUAGCUGGAUCUUCUGGUGACCCUGAUACUUAGUAUACCCACUUAGAGAGAAGGAUGAGUUCAGGCCCAAGGGUGAGUCUUAGGGCAGGGACGCCCACUGAGUUUGGGUGCUCUGCUGAGCUUCAAAAACUGAAAAGGAGAGUUCCAAAGCCACAAAGACAAGACUUCUAUGUUGAUUUUAUGUUUCUGGGCUCAUGACCUCAGCACUUUCCCAUUCUCAUUUUCUUUCUCCCUGCCCCCCAGAUUAAAGUUAGAUUUUAGGCAGUGGAAUGAAGAACUUAAUUUUGGUCUGAUUUUCUAGAAUAAGAGUUAAAAAAAGAUUGAAAGUCUGAUUUAAAUGGACCUAUUGAUCUGCCUUGAAAAGCACAGCAGGGGGGCAGUUCUGAAAUUUCUUUCCCACUUUCUUUGAGGUUCCCUAAAUUCUUUAACAUAAUACAUGGGUGAGACUAUGAACUACAUGGAAAUUAUGAGGAAUACUGGAAAAUGUGAAGGAGUACCUUACAAAUUUGACUAGCAAAAUAAUACACUCUUAAAAUGGCACUGACUCUGCUCCCCAUCACAGGAAUUCAAGUUACAACAUGGUGGGAUGGCCAUCACAGUGGGUCAGGGUGCCAAAGGUCCCACUUUGGGCCUCAGCUUUUAAAUUUACUACUUAUUGGACCUUGAAAUGUCAGCGUCCUUGAUCCUCUGUUGCCUUUCCUCUUGUAACAAAAAGUUGUUAAGAGAAUCAAGAUGAUGCACAUGAAAGCAUUUAGAUACUG